AAAAUUUAUUUAUAACUGUAAUCGACAAUAAAUAUCAACAGAAUUAUAUUGAUUAACAAAAUCAAUCUAUAAGUGAUAUAUCAUUCAGUGGUCAACUAUCGAGCUAUGGUUCAGCUAAAGCUACAGAAGCCAAAGGUCAUUAUCAUGGAUGUGAUCGGAACGGCCGUCAAAUUGGGAUUCAUUGAGAAAAUUCUCAUCCCAUAUAUCAAGUCUGACAUCAAAGCGUAUUUGGAAGAGAAAUGGACGGAUAAAAACACAAAGAGAGACAUCGAAAGAAUGAGAAAGGAGUCCGAAAAAGAUGAAAGUGGAGUCAAGAUUGCGGCGGCCAACGCACCCGAAGCAGAACAACACGAUUCAGUGGCCAACUAUGUGUUGGCUGCGGUUGACUCAAAAAAAGAGUCGAAAGGUCUUCAGAUGUUUAAGUUUCAUAUGUGGUUCUAUGGCUUCGAAAAGGGAAAGUUGGAGACACCGGUCUAUUCGGAUGUACCAAUUCAGGCGAGAAAAUGGAAGGAUAUGGAUGUCAAGCUGUAUGUGCUGAGCAAUGGUUGGACUGAGUUCACUAAAAAGGCUCUCUCAAAGACUACUCACGGCGACCUCAACCUUCUUAUUGAUGGUCAUUUCGACAACACUGAGGGACAGCUCAACAACAAGGAAACGUUCACCAAAUUGUUGACCAAACUGAAGGCCAAACCGGAGGAGUGUCUCUUUAUGACCAAAUCGGGUGAAGAGGCGCGCGCCGCCAAAGAGGCAGGUAUUUCCAUACUGUUGGUUCUCACUCACAGAAAGAACAUCGAAAAACUUACCGAAGAGGAGAAACAACUGCCAAGAAUCAGGUCUUUCAAUGAACUCGAGUUCUCAUCCAAAGAAGGCGAAGGCGAAAGCACUCAACCACCACCUCCUGAGGGCUAACCUAAACAUAAAAGGUUAGAUCAGUUUGAAGAUGACUGAGAGAUACAUUCAGAUCUAAAUAUGUCAUCUAUUUAUUGGUCUCUCAUUUCAUCCAUUGAUUC